AGGUUAUAAUCGUGCCGUUUUCACACAACGAUGCUGGAUGGCUUCAGACGUUCGAAGACUAUUACGAAACAAAAACGAAACGUAUACUAGAUAAUAUUGUCCACGUUCUUCCCGAUUUAGAAGAUAUGACAUUCGUCUGGUCAGAAAUAUGUUUUUUGCAGUACUGGUGGGAUAGGUCAUCCGAAGAGUCACGAAACAUUUUCAGAGAGCUGGUGCACCACGGGAAAGUCGAAAUUGUCACCGGUGGCUGGGUCAUGCCAGACGAAGCAACGACGCAUGUGUUUUCGCUGCACAAUCAGCUGGUAGAAGGCCAUCAGUGGGUGAUGGAGAACUUGGACAUAGUUCCUACGACCGCAUGGUCCAUCGACCCGUUCGGAUGCAGUUCCGUGAUGGCGUACCUCCUGGCAGAGUCCGGGAUCGAAGGACUGGUCAUCCAGAGGAUCCACUACUCCUGGAAGAGGUUCUUCUCCGAGGAAGGCGACCUGGACCUCCUCUGGGAACAGGACUUCGAGGCGCCGCACAUGAAGCUGAGGGUCCAACAGAACCCUGGGUACACGUUGACGGAUAGCUGCGGUCCGGCCACAGGGCUCUGUCCGGACUACGACUUCAACUUCGAAUUAAGAGAUUCCGAGCACAUAACCUUUGCCAAUGUACACAGGAAAGCUGAGAUUAUCCUCGGGCUUUACGGAAGAAUCGGAAGCCUUUCGAGAAGCAAUACCGCCUUGAUAACCCUCGGUGGAGACUUCCGCUUCGUCAACGAAUCCGAAUGGUUGCACCAAUACCGGAACUACAAAGCACUCAUGGAGUAUAUCAACAACGACAAGAAUUAUAAUGCAGAAAUCCAUUUUGGAACGCUCAGGGAUUUUUUCGAAAAGGUAGACGUAUAUAACGUAACCCUGCAGGGAGACUUUUUCCCAUACGCUGAUCUGAAUGGUGAUAACGAACUGGCGUACUGGACGGGAUAUUUCACCAGCCGGCCGCACUGGAAGAAACUGGCGAGGAGUCUGGAGUCCAUGCUGAGGUCUACGGAAAUACUCUUCACGCUGACCUUCAAUGCGAUAACGAACUUCUCGAACAAGACUUUGAAUCCGUUCAAAAUGUUAACAAAGCAUUUCAAGAAAUUGGUCAGGGCUAGGAGGACGACGGCGCUCUUCCAGCACCACGAUGGGAUAACAGGCACCUCGAGGGUCAAAGUGAUGGAAGAUUACAAGACGAAGAUGUCGAGAUCGUUACACGAAUUGAAAGCGAUACAGAAAACUUGCAUGGAAAUCAUGUUGAACAACUGCAAGAACGGCACGAUCCCCCAGAGGAAGGUAUUAAGAAAAAUCCUAGUGUUCAAUAACCUGCCGUACAACAGGGCCGAAGUAAUAGCGAUCAAAACGGACUAUCCCAGCAUAAUGGUAACAGGUGCAAACAAUAAUCAGAUCAUAUCUCAAGUGAAUUGUGUUUACGAAAACGAGCAGUUGACAAAGAGGAGGGAUUUGAACUCGGAGAGCUUCGAAUUGACAUUUAUCGAUUAUCUUCCUCCUUUUUCGAUAAAUGCGUACGAACUAUAUUCAAUAGAAGAACAAUACGACAAGCAGAAAUACGUCAACUACGAAGGAAACAACAAGAUGGAUGGGCUCUCCAUAAUAAAUUGUAAUCAGAGGAUAACUUUUGGUGAAAAUGGUAUGAUAAAUAACAUUACUAAGAAUUUCGGUUCGGUACUCAUGCUUUCGAACUUGAACAUGUACACGUCUGAUAGAGGAAACAGCGGUGCUUAUCUGUUCAAGCCUUUAAGGAAUCGGGUGACCGUGAUCUCUGAAAAACCUAAUGGCAACGCGCUAUUCAUCGAUGGUGAGAUCUUCAAAGAGGUUAUGGUUUCUUAUGGCAAUGGUUAUUCUGUGACAACGCGACUGUACGGCACCGAAUCAGUUCUCAAUCAGAUUAUCGAUUUGAAGAUAACCUACAACAUGAGCGAGGUAAAUAGAGAACUUUUCAUACAGUUUGUGACUGAUUUGAACUCUACUCAGUUCCAUACGGACGUGAACGGUUUAGAAAUGAGAGAAAGAGUAAGGAAUAAUAAACAGUACAUCGAAGGUAAUUACCAUCCCAUGACGAGCUUGGCGUACCUUGACAACGGUGACGUGAUAUUCGCGAUCGUCAGCGAUCAUUCGCACGGCGUGGCCAGCGCCCGGGACGGCUGCAUCGAAGUGAUGCUCGACAGGAGGAUGACGAUAGAUGAUAGCAGGGGCCUCGACGAAGCGAUGAACGACAAGGUCCAGACCACAUCCACGCUUUAUCUAGUUCUUCUCAGAUCAGAAAUCAGUUCGAGACGACUCCUCAACGAUCUGGUCGUUCGGCUGAAUAACCCAGCACCGAUCAUAGUGACCAAAAUGGAAACCCCCACGAUGUCACUGGUCCUCCUGAACCAACCCUUGCCCAACCACAUCGACAUCUUAAACUUCAGAACGCUCUCUAGGAACGAGUUCCCGACAAAGACUGCCUUGAUGAUGGUAAGGAACAUGGGUCACGCCAAUUCUAGCGAUACCUUCCUCAAUGAGACCAGGUUCAAUCAAGUAAGUAUAAAAAAUAUCUUCAAGACUUCUUUAACCGGUUUAAAAGAUGGAGAUGAAGUUGAUGAAUUACACGAUAUAAAAGUUAAAGUUUUUAAUAUUUUAUCAUUAAAAAUUUUCUUUUAGUCUUAAACCAAUUAGUCUUAAAUCCCAUUAAACUGCAAAUUUGAGAAAUUAAGAUUCAUAUUUAUUCAACGGUCAAAUUAAUAGAAACAACUGACCCGAACAUUAAAAAACUAAAGCAUAAAACCGGACUUAAAACAAAAAUUGAUUCGUAAUAUCAUUAUCACGAAUCGAUAUGAGAAUAUUUGGAGAGAAUACUAAACAAGAAACAAAAAAAAAUUAACAUAAGAUCUUCUCAAAAAUACUUAUUAUUGUGAUAGAACAAGAAAAAAAAAUAGAAAUUACAUAUUUAUAUGUACAUAACUACACAAUUUAUAAACAAUAGGCUAACUAAUAAAAAACUGACUUAAUAGUAUCUACAGUGAUUUACAUAAUAAUAUGCAAACACUAAAAUAAAUAAAAAUUAAGUCUUCUUGUACUGGAAAUUUCAGGAAUACUUGUACAGAGAGAGACAAAAAGUAUAAACUGAUAAAUAAAAAAAUAAUAAUAUAAUAAGAUAACAAAAGUAAUAACUUUAAGGCUUAUAUUUAGAUGGUAAAAUAUAAACAGUAGGCUAAAUCAAUAAACUAACACUAUAAAAUUCUAACUAUAUGUACAGUACUUUAAAUAAUAAUAUGUUAACAGUUAAACAAAAAGUGUGAUUAUAGUUGAAAUGAAAAAAAUAGAGAAAAAUAAAAAAUAUAACACAUACAUAUAAAUAUAUAUACCCAGAAAUAAAUAAGAAAACCCUGAAGCGAAGAGAAAAACAAAUAAAUAGUAAAAUUAAUAAUCAAACAAGGUGACAAAAAUCAUUGAUGUUUUAUGCCAAAACUUCAACAAUAGACACCAUUGUUUACUUCUCAUAAAUUCAAUUCAUAAAAAGAAAUUUUAUGGUUGUGGAUCGUCUGAUUGGGAUGCAAGGAGGUAUUCGAAAGAUUACAGGGAACAGACAUGACGGAUGCUAUGUGGCAAGGAAUUAGCGAAUUAAUUAAUUCGCAUUAAUUAAUCAAUUAUUCCAGAAGUUAGCGAACUGGGCUAAGAAGGAACGUUCAUAGGUUUUUGUCCUAUGGAGGGGAUAUAGAGGUCAGGAACAGGAAAUUGAGUGGAUUGAGGGCAUGCCUAAUAAAAUAAAUUUACGCAUGCGUAAGAGAAAGUAUUGGAUAGACCACGUAGACAUAAAAAAGCUUCCUCACCGUUUUCAUUGGCUAAAAUAUUACAAGGAAUACGAUUUUUCGUAUGAGAAUAAAAUCUCUGGGAGAAGCCGAUUCGGAAAUACAGUUAAAACAUUCGUGGGUUUGAUGUCCACGAAUUUCGUUUAUCAGCUAAUAUUAAAAUGCGAAAGAGUGCCUUAUUUGAAGAUUCUAUAUUUGAUUAUCAUUAAUUUAAAAAAAAUGCAUACGGAACAUGCAUUUCACUACUGUUAGUGCAAGAGGUCGUAGGUAAAAAUUGAUUGUUUUACAAGAGAGCAUUAAAGUUCAUUAUUUCUUUAUGCUUUAUUAGUAUAAUUUCAUAUUUUAUUGUCAUCUGCUCUUUUCCAUAGUAGCAGACUACUUAUAUCAAUUGCAAACUGUAAAAUGUCACCUUUUGCACUAAUAUUUUUUUAUUUUUUUUUUACUUGUUUAUUGAAAAAUAUUAUAAUCUAUCUCAAAGGACAUUUAUAAGUGUUCAGAGAUCACAUUCACGCUCAAUGUACAAUAAAUAAAAUAAAUUAUACAGAACUUGUAUUAUUUAUUAUAAAUAAUAUAUAUAUACAAUAAAUAAGAAUAAAAAUACCUAAAAAAUAAAUAAAAAAGAACACGUACAUAACUAUAUACACUAUUUACAAUUAGGCGAGAGAACUCCGAGCCAGACUUGUCCUUCCAACUG